AUGUCUGGCCAAGGCCGAGAAUCUUCUCCCCAGCCCUACGGGUGGUUGUCCGUCUGUCUGCGAUGGCCAUCCCUCCUCGCCUUUUCCAUUGUCAACAUCGCCCUCAUCGCGACCGUCAUUGCCCUGACUAUUGUCUCUUCUCAAAAUGAUGGCUUCGUCACGGUUCCAUCCAGCAACACCGCAAAGGAUGGUGAUGUCGGCGACAUUCCUGAUACUCCCUGGAGCUUGGGUAUACUCUGGACAUCACUCCCCAGCUUUGUCUUCUCUCUUUUCGGUGCCUACUGGGCCUGGAUAGCUGGCUCCCUUGCAGAGCGUCAACCCUACGUCGAACUUCGCAAAGAGGGUGGCGCCGACGCAAGAGUGUCGAUUCUCCUCGACUACCGAGUCGUCGCCAGCAUCUGGCGCUGGUGGGGGGCCUUUCGAAAGUCUCACUACAUGGUCGGAGCUACUACUCUGCUCUCUGUGUUUUUGACAUACCUUGUUGCGCCCUUCGCUGCACGGCUGUUUGUGUCGCAAGUCGUGACAGUCUCACAGUCGAUUCCUAUCGUGUACAAUCAGACGUACACGGUCGACGGCAUCGACUCUACUGUCGAUUGGCGCCCUGUUUUCGACACUGUCUCCGCUACGCGGCUCUACGGGGGUAACAAGAUUGCCUGGACGGACGACGAGCGCGCCUUUCGCCCCUUUGAUGCCGACUCAGAACUUGCCACAGGAACGAGCAUAGCGGCAAAUACGACUGCGUACUCGGCCUACCUCAACUGUGAACCUGUAAAGGACUAUUCCAUCACGUCAAGUGGGAGUUCAGUUCAGGUGUCUGGCAAUGACAGAGGGUGCAGCUUCAAGCAAAGCUUUCCCACUUCAAGUUCGCAGGAGACAUACUUCAAAACCACAGUGGAGUUUGGCUGCUCCGCCAAGGCAUAUUAUAGCCGUUUGGUGUUUACUGCGGCUAAGUACUCCUCAUCAGCAAAGAACAACCUCAAAGACAUCAAGGUCAUCUCCUGUGCAACUGGAUACCGCCAAGUCGCCGGUACCCUGCGAGUCUUGCCAUCAAAAGACGCCCCAGUAAUUCAAUCAUUCGUCGAGACGGGUGAGCCAAACACCAGCCGACCAAAGCUUUGGAGAGUCUUUGAGCAGGACAUUUUCGGGGCUGUGACCUUCAACCCAAAGAUGAAGUGGUCAACUACAGACCUGGGGACUUUGAUGCUGUACACUGCCCAGCGGGCGAAGCCGUCGGAUCCCCUAGCAACAGAUGUACUCAUGGAGGCAAUUCAGAGCGUCUUUACAGCCAUCUACGUGAAUGCGGUUGCGGUUCAUGGCUUCAAGACGCUCUCGGAGCCCGAGAAGGCUAUGGGCUCAGGCUUUGUUCCCACAACUCGCCUUUUCGUCGUCACCUGGGUUGCUGGCAUUAUCGUCGCAUUUCUUGCCAUCACACUCUGCACCGUCGCCGUGGUACAUUUCCUUCUUCGUGGCGCUCCAUCAAUUCUAUCAGAGGAACCGCAAGGUUUGCUGUCCAUGGCUGCGAUUCUUGAAAAGAGCGACCUUCUUCGCGUGGCUUCUGAGAUACGCCACGACGUCGGCUUCGAUGGAGAGAUACGGGAGAGAGCUAAGGACCAACCCGAAGUGAAGGACAGGAAGUGGAGAGUGGUGAAACAUCCUGAGACUGGGUACUGGGUUGUCAGGGCGGCGCGGAAUAUCGAGAUGGGGGCCGCAGAGCGUCUUCUGAGUUGA